AAGUUAAAGUAAGAUUUAACUUCACAAAAAUCUGAUGGAUAAUUUUCCGUUGAGAAGACAAAUGAAAUGACCCCAAAGAAAAAGAAAGUAAAUUUAGAUAGAGAAGCAAGAUUGGACGGACAUCGUUGAUUUCUCGGCAUCGACGGUGAUGUACUUUCUCUCUUUGAUUUGAAGUAUAGUCGUCGAUCCUCCCUCCGUUCCCUUCAUUCUAUACCCUAUCACCGCCCAAACAACCCAGCUCCCUGAAAUCCGUAACGGCAACUACGUUUCAGUUAGAGGGAAAUGCAGUGAUUGGUUUCUUUAUUCUGUGGAUUUGAAAGAUGCAGAAAUUGGGCGACUUUAAGCUACCUCACUUCUUCAAUUACCCACCUUACUUCACUUUGCAGCCAGUAAGGGAUAUUCGUGAAAAGCAAAUACAGCUUUGGAAGGAACUUAUUCUAGAGUACUGUAGAUUCCAAAAGAUAUUUGUGGUUGGACUGGAAGAAGAUUUUCCUUUAUUCUCAAAUGCUGUAAUUGAAAGAUUUCUCAGUCAUGAAGCCAGGGAAGCGUUUCUCUCAGCUGUAGUUUCAGAAGGACGUGGAGAAUGGUUAGAUAAAGGACAUAGGAAGUGUCUUAUUCUCUGGCAUCGAAUCCAAGAGUGGGCUGACAUUGUUCUUAACUUUGUUAAAGAUAAUGGGCUGGAGGACUCAGUUAUGACCAUUGAGGAAAUACGUUCAGGGAUUGAAUCCAGAGGAACAGAGCUGCAUGGUAUUGAUCGCACAAUUCUGAUGCGAGCGUUGAAACUGCUAGAACAGAAAGGAAAGCUCGCCAUCUUCAAGGGAUCUUCAGCUGAUGAUGAGGGCGUAAAGUUCUCCUUAUAAUCAUUUCAUUGCGGUGACAAUUGGGUUUUCUACAAUUUCCUUGGUUGCCUGAUAUCAUGAUCAUUGGAAGAGUGUUUGCUGGCCAAAUUUGAUUGUUGUUUAUGGAUGAACUUUGUGUAGACAUUCUUUGGUCUGAAAUUAAACUUAAACGACUUGGGAAAAUAAAUAAAUUAAACUUGGACAAA